AUGCAUUUCCAUUUAUUUAAUUUUCUGCAUUUUCCACUUUUUUCUUUUCUGAUUUUUCCGUUUUUUGUAUUUUCCCUUUAUUUAACUUUGCUGUUUUUCUUUCUUGUUUUCCUUUUCUGCUUUUUGCUUUUUUCAUAUUCCAUCCUAUCACUUUUUCUUUUUUUUUUCUUUUUUACUUUUUUGCUUUUUCCAUUUUAUUCAUUUUCUGCUUUUUCCCCUUUUCUGGUUUUUCGUUUUUUUAACAUUUCUUCAUUUUCCAUUAAAUUUUCCUGUGUUGCGUUUUCCCUUUUUACCCCUCUUUUCUUCUAUGCUUUUUCACUUUUUUCCUUUUUCUGUUUGUCACAUUUUGUCCUUUUCUGCUUUUUUUGUUUUUGCUUUUCUUUUUUGCCUGUUGCCUUUUUAUUUUUUUAUGUUUUCUUUGCUGCUUUUGCUUUUUACAUUUUUUCCUGCUCUGCUUUUACUCUUUUUCCCUUCAUUUUUCUUUUUAUUUUAUUUCACUUUUUUUUUACACUUCUGCAUUUUACAUUCUUUCCUUUUCUGCUUUUUAAACUUUUAAUUCCUUUUCUGCUUUUCUAUUUUUCAGUCCCUUUUAUGCUUUGUUUAUUUUUUUCCUUUUCUGCUAUAUUCCGUUAUUUUUGCUUUGCUAAUUUUUCAUGUUUGUAUCCCUUUUAUGCGUUUUCUUCUUAUUUUCUUUUUUUACUUUUCUGCUUUUUCCCAUUUUGUCUUUUUCUGCUGUCUGCGCAAUUUUCUGAUUUUUUAUUUUAUUUCCUUUUUCAUUUAUCUACUUCACAUUUUUUCCAAUUACUGCCUGUUUCCCUUUCUGCUUUUUUCGUAUUUGUUUUUCUUUCUUUUUUUUUCCACUUUGUUUUUAUUUUCUACUUUUUCCAUUUUUCGUUUCUUGCCUUUUCACUUUUUUCUUUAUUUUAUAUUUUUUCCUUUUCUCCCUUCUUCUUUACAUUUUCUGAUUUUUUUUACUUUUUCCUUCUUGCUUUUUCACUUUUUUUUUCCCAUUUUCAGUUAUUUCCAUUUCUGCUUUAUUGUCCUUUUCUGUUUUUCCUUUUUGUUUCCCUUUUCUGCUUUUUUCCUUUUUUCUUUACUUCGUUUUUUCUUUCUUCUUUUUCUUUUCUACCUCUUUUACAUUUUUUCUUUUCUUUUCUGCUUCUUUCCUUUUCUUUUUUCCUUUCUUUUUUCUUUUCUGCCUUUUCCUUCCUUUUCCCUGUUCUAGUUUCUUCCCUUUUAUGUACUUUUCCAUUUUUUCCGUUCUUUUCUGUUUCGCUUUUUUCCCUUUUCCUCCUUUUUUCAUUUUAUUUACUAUUUUUACUUUUUUGA